ACCUGGUGGCUGCUUGCUCAAUGGAUAAAGGAUCAUAUGACAACAGUAGCUACAUCAUGUGGGAGACUUCUGAGGUGCUGCAUCCAUGGGUGUCUGGUCUAAACCAGAUGCAGGUCAACAUUGGCAUCAAUGGGGCACUUGUGGAGCAGCCAGUUGCAGAGAAGAGAGGCUACAUUGUGAAGCAGCACAACUCCACAGUUGAGAUCAGCAUCCCCUAUAAGGCUGAAGGAGGAUACAGGAAGAGCAUUGUGUCUGGGAACCUAUACGAGUUCUUCAUCUUUCAUCUCUACUUGGAGCAAAUCUCAGUGGAUGAGGGUCAUGGUGACACCAGACUUCGCAUUCACAGGACACUGGCCACUCCCCUGCUGCCAUGCCAUAUUUUCACUGAAAACAGAACAGUUCCUGAGGUGCGCUCAUUCACGGUCUACCUCGGGGAUGUCCCGGAAGACGUUGAGUUGGUGUCAGUUACUUUGAAUGGCCAAGACUUUACAGUUCCCUUCACAAAUGCAAGCAGCCACAACAUCACAGAAGUGUUUAUUCCCAACAACACUCAUGGCUACGUUCUGAAGGUGCCUUUUGAUGACCCUGUUGUCCAGCAGGAGUUAAUCAAAGAUGCAACAGUUCAGUACAGGCUUGACAUCAACUACACCCUGACUGUUCUGCCUGAAAAUGAGCCUUUUUACCAUCUAGCAUCCGUGAUGGCGGUAACCAAUGCCUUUCCUAUGGCCUUUGAUGCUGUCUGUUCUGAGUCUGGCAUCAGCUUCAAACUGGACCACCGGCCUAUUCUCUCCCUGUGGGAGAUCAGUAUAGGCUCAGAGCUGCUGACAUCAGAGCUGGCAGCAAAGUACGGCUACAUCAUGAGCAACAAUAGCCAGAGACUGCUGCUCGAGGUGCCACUCUUCACUCAUGGCUACAAGUACAAGGACUUCGUUGGCACUUUUGAGCUCCUCGUGCGGAAUGGGGAAACGGAGGGCCAAAUUUCAACUGUCAAGACUUGCCAGUUCUCUGCUACUGAACUCAUUGUGUGUUCAGCUGAUGGCAGGAUAACUGUGGUGGCUGACUUGUCUCUGGCCAUCACGAGUGAAGGAGUUCCUGCUAGAAUCAACCUGUUGGACAAAAACUGUAGACCCAAAGAGAUGGACGGCACCAGGGCUCUCUUCUCUUUUCCAAUCAAUGGCUGUGGAUCCACAGUCAAGCUUGGCAAGGAGUCUGUUCUUAAACUGAACCCUUAG